UGGGUAGAUAGUGAUAGGACAAAGGAGAGUGGCUUUAAACUGAAGGAAGGGAGAUUUAGAUUGGAUUUCAUGGCUAAGUUCUUCACUGACAGCGAUGAGGUGCUGUUUAUUUUGCUCCACAGCUCCUGCUCUGAGCAGCUUUUCUUGUAUUCCCACAGUACAAAGUCUGCUUGGGUUUACUCCUCAAGUUAAAUGUAUGAUUUAUUUUGCAUGUUUUCUGUUGACACUUGUGUGUGCUUUGAAGAAGUUACACAGUCGCUUUUUUUCCAUCACCCUGGAAAGCUGUAUGUGCCCUAUUGCAGUGGGGGCUGCAUCCCAAAGCAAAUGCUCUUUGUGAUUGCCUGUUUUAUCAUUAACAAGGGCUCUUUUCAUGAAGACAGCAUUUCAGUGAGAAGUACAACAAAGGUGUAAAUAAGCCAUGAUGAAAACUGUAAUAAUAUUUUUCUCUGUUGCCUCAGAGACUGUUGAUGCAUGGGCACUGACAAGGCAGAUUAUAUACCAGCGAUUGCCCAUUUAAUCUAGGCACCCUUGGUAGUAACUCUCAUGAUUUUGUUAUGAUUUUCUUAGUUGAGUUGUCCAUUUCACUGAGAUGUUAUAGGAAAAAGCCACAUCUGGGCCUUUGUGCAACAGUUGGGCAAUGCUUCGGCCAUGGGUCCUUGAUUUUUAGAAUGGGGGGAAAGGUCCCAAAGAGUACAAAACUUCCCUUUCUGUUUGAUCAAGCUGAUCCACACAAAGUGCUGACAUUACUGUCUAGCAGGAAGGUAAAUGUGGAGAUUAGAAGCGUAUCAUAAACGUUUGUAAUACCAGAAACUGUGAGAGGCUUCUUUAAAAACAUCUUCUGUCCAAGGGAUGGCUUCAUCUUCUCUACAGAUAUGUUCCCUGCUGAUGGCUUUAGCUGGAUCCACCCUUUUACUUCUCACAACCAUGUCCAACAGAUGGAAAAAUUCUGACACCACAGCAAUGCUGGUUCCUUCGAAGUGGAUUUCUGAAGGUCUUUGGAUGGACUGUGGAGUCACUGGUUUUGGAGCAAUACAGUGCAUGAAGUUUCCCCACAUGUUGAGUGCAGAGACCCAUAUCCAGGCAUGCCGUGCCUUGAUGAUCAUUUCCAUCCUCCUGGGAUUCGUAGCUGCCAUGGUCUCACUGCUUGGUUUAAAGUGCACAAACGUUGGGCUGAGAGAUGAGGAUGAAAAACUAAAGGUUGCUGUCACAGGAGGAUUUCUUUUUACUUUAGGAGGUCUCUGUUCGAUGGUGGCUGUUUCUUGGUACGCUGCAAUGAUUACUGCUCAGUUCUCUAACCCAUCAUAUACUGGAACAAAAUACGAACUAGGAGAUGCUCUGUACUUAGGUUGGACUGGAUCUUUUCUUUGUAUGCUUGGUGGGAUCUUCCUAACCUGUUCAUGCAAAGGAAAGGAAAAGCAGGAAUACAGUGCCAACAAAUACAGAUAUUCAGCAGGCCAGGCAGCUGGUCAGCAGCAAAUUUACACCAAGGACGCUGAGCCAGUCACAAGUUCCAAGGAGUGUGUCUAAGCUUAUAUUUCCACAUCACUUGUAACGUUACUAGGUUUUGAACUUGCAUUAAAGAAAAAAAAUGAUCUCCUUCCAGGGAUUCGUUCUAUGUUGCAAUCUUUCAUCUUAAUUUGGAGAUGAUCUACAGCUGAACACCUCCUUCUGGAAAUGGCUUUGAGGUAGAAAUAGGUUUCUGCAGAUGCGAUGUGAAAUCCUGCAGCAUGAAGGCUGUGUGCUGGGAAGUCUGGUAAAAUUUGAGCACAGAGCGUGGGAUACCCUGCUGACUGAGACCACCUCUUUUCCAUUUCAGCUAACUAAACAGUGUGGAACUGGAAUGCUGUAACUGCCUGUGGGUUAAUGCAGCUCACUGUUAGAAAUGGUUUUACUUUCAUUAGAGCUGGGAGCUUUAGCUCAUAACAGUAAAUAAGCUUUGAUUUGCUGACUGACUGAAA